AUGGCCCGCAAGAGGUCCCGAAACUCGACGGCGCCGGCGCCAAGCAACGAGGAAGCACCGCAAGAGCCGGCCAUCCUCGGCGAGGGCUCGUCUACGCUAGCUGGCAGCCGCAAGAAGCGCGCACCACCACCGCCGGCGGACAACGAGCUGGAUCUAGAGAAGCUCAUCUUUGGCGGCUCGUCCUCGCUGCUUUCCACGCCCGCAGUCGCCUCGCGGCCCACAGGCGAAGAUGCGAUCCUAAACGACGACCAAGAUGACGAUGCUGCGUCGCAAGGCUCGCAGGACCAAGCGCUCGACGACGGCGACCUCUUCAUGGUGGACACGGCUGGAGGCGAUGACGACGGCGAGGGCCAGCUCGACGCGCGUGCCGAGGCGUCUGGCUCCGAGCGCGACAGCGACGACGACGACGACGACGAGAUCCUCAUCGACCGACCUAGCUCGAGCAGUGCAGUGGUCAAGAAGCCCAAGCGCAUCAAGCGGUGUGUGUGGACUGACCCUGACGAUGCGCACCUCACCAUUGACCUUACACGCGGCGGCACGAUGGGUGUCAACGGCUCGCGCGUCGGCAACGCGCGUCUGCGCCGUCUGCGCGACGAAGUGGGCGAGAGCAAGAUCAGCGGGCUCGAGUACGAGAUGCGUCUGCGCGCGCAAUUCGAAAAGCUACACCCGCGACCGGGCUGGGCAUCGUUCCGACUCGGCACGCACACGGACCAGCCCGACGAUGCCCUCUCCGGCUCGGACGCGGUGGUGGUCAACGAGGACGCGACGCGGGGCAUCCACGACCUGCUGCGCAGCGACACGGGUCUUGUCGAAGGUUACGCCGAUGCAAAAUCGGUCAAGGCACGCGGCAAGUUGAAGGCGGGCGAGAUCGAGCUGGAUCGGCUGCGCAAUGCGAACGAUGCGCAGAGCGCGCAUGCGGUGGUGGCCGAGGAGUCGCUGCCGGCGAUCGAGAUGGUGCGGUUCCAUCCGAGCGCGCGCGCGAGCGUGCUCAUGACCGCCUCCAAGGACCGCCGCGUGCGCCUCUUCCAGAUCGACGGCAAGACGAAUGCGCUCGUGCAGACGAUCCACGUGCCCGAUCUGCCCAUCCAGCACGCCUCCUUCCAUCCCUCGGGCGAGUCGGCGCUCAUUGCCGGGUCGAGGCCGUUCCUGUAUGCCUACGACCUGCAGGCGGGACGCGUGGUGCGCUCGGUCCCAUGGCGCGGUGCUGGAUCAAUGCACGGUCAGUCGUCGGCCGAGGAUGACGGGACGGAGCUUAACCUGUCCGACGCCAAGUUCCAGCCGAAUACGGCCGAGGCGGGAAACAGGCUCCUGGCGAUUGGUGGGCGCAGGGGGGUGGUGCAUCUGCUGGAUUGGGGCAGGUCCGGUGCGGCGGGUGGCACGCGCAUCGGUGGGGUGCGCAUGAACUCGCCGCUGGCUGGAUUCAGCUGGGAUGCAGCAUCGGUGCUCGGCGACCGGGGUACGGGCAUCGGCGUCACAGGUACGGGCAAGGACGUCGAGCUGCUCACCAUGUCCGUCGAGGGCAGCGUGCAUCUGUGGGACAUCCGCAAUACCGGCAUGCACGUCGGAUGCACAUCCAUCUGGACCGACCCCGGUUCGUUUGGCGCCAAGGGCCUCGAGGUGUCGCCCAACGGCAAGUUCUGGUCCGUGGGUAGCGAGAGCGGCAUCGUCAAUGUCUACAAGCGUCCCGCCGAGUCGUAUGCCGAUGCAGCUUCGUCGUGGGUCCCCUCGGCCAACGCUGUGGAUGGCGCAAGGGCGAUGUUCGGCAAGGUGCCCGGUGGAAGCAUGGAGGCGGUCAAGACGGUCGAGAACCUCGUCACCGCCACCUCGACCAUGCGCUGGAAUGGCGAUGGACAGAUCCUGGCGCUGGCGUCCAAGACCAAGAAGGAUGCGCUGAGGUUGGUGCAUUUCCCGACGAUGCGCGUGUUUAGCAACUGGCCCACCUCGGGCACGCCGCUCGGCAGCGUGUCGUCGGUCGACUUUAGUCCGCACAGCCAGUAUGUUGCCAUCGGCAACACGCGCGGCAAGGUGCUCCUCUACUCGCUGCGUCACUAUCUCUAG